CUGUAAACCUCCCUCUUCCCCCUCACCCUUGUCUAGUUAUCUUAAUUUAUUUUGCUUUUUUUUUUUCAAAAACCUAACCUGUUCAAACCCAAAAGAAAAAAAAAAUCGAGAAAAAUAUUAGGUUUCGAUUUUCCUGCAGGAUCGUAAUCGCGAUCGAAGAAGAUGUUGGAGCAGUUGUUGAUAUUUACGAGGGGAGGCUUGAUCCUGUGGACAUGCAGGGAGCUCGGUAACGCCCUCAAGGGUUCUCCGAUCGACACCUUGAUUCGAUCUUGUUUGUUGGAGGAGCGAUCCGGUGACGCCAGCUACAACUACGAUGCACCUGGAGCUUCUUACUCCCUCAAGUGGACUUUCCACAACGAUCUAGGGCUUGUUUUUGUUGCGGUCUACCAGCGGAUUCUCCACCUUCUUUAUGUCGACGAUCUUCUCGCCGCCGUCAAGCGCGAAUUCUCGCAGAUCUACGACGAGAAGAGGACGGAGUACCGAGAUUUUGACGAGAUUUUUCGCCAGCUGAAGGCGGAGGCUGAGGCACGAGCUGAGGAUCUCAAGAAGGCGAAUCCUGUUGGGAGGACCGUCGCCGGUGGCGGUGGGAAUAGCAACAGCAAGAAGCAGGGGUUAGGGCACAAGGUUGGAUCCGAAGGUGGUGGUGGUGGUAAGAAGAAGAGCAGUGGUGGUGAUGGAGAUGGUGAUGGUGAUAGGAAGAAAGGGGGUAGAUUGGAGAAUGGACACACUAAUGAUAAUUUUGUUGUAGUUAAAGAGACUAACUUGAAAGGUAGUAGUGUGAAUGGUAAGGAGAAUGAGAGCUCCAAUCUUGGGGCUUUUGAUGUAAAUAGGCUUCAGAAGCUUAGGUCCAAAGGUGGGAAUGGGAAGAAGGGUGGUGAUGGUGCUGUUUCUGCCAAGGGUCCUUCCAAGGCGGAGCCUCCAAAGAAGGCAGUGAAGAAGAAUAGGGUUUGGGAUGAUUCGACCCCUGAGACCAAACUGGAUUUUACAGAUCAUGGGGUUGAUGAUGGUGGGGAUAGGAAAGUUGAUUUUCUGGCUAAAGAGCAAGGGGAGAGUAUGAUGGAUAAGGAUGAAGUUGUUAGCAGCGAUAGCGAGGAUGAAGAGGAGGAGGAUGGUGAUGACACUGGGAAGAACAGUAAGCCUGAUGCUAAGAAGAAGGGCUGGUUUUCCUCUAUGUUCCAGAGUAUUGCUGGGAAAGCAAAUUUGGAGAAGUCAGACUUGGAACCAGCUUUGAAAGCUCUGAAGGAUAGGCUGAUGACCAAGAAUGUGGCUGAGGAAAUAGCGGAGAAACUAUGUGAAUCAGUGGCAGCAAGUCUUGAAGGAAAGAAGCUAGCUUCAUUUACAAGGAUAUCUUCAACAGUGCAUGCUGCAAUGGAAGAAGCCCUUGUGCGUAUUUUAACCCCUAGACGCUCUAUUGACAUAUUGAGGGAUGUGCAUGCUGCCAAGGAGCAAAGGAAACCAUAUGUUGUUGUAUUUGUUGGAGUUAAUGGAGUUGGAAAAUCUACUAAUCUGGCUAAGGUUGCGUACUGGCUUCAGCAACACAACAUCAGUGUCAUGAUGGCUGCAUGUGAUACAUUUCGGUCAGGGGCUGUUGAGCAGCUGCGGACCCAUGCACGCAGACUUGAGAUCCCUAUAUUCGAGAAGGGUUAUGAGAAAGAUCCUGCUGUUGUGGCAAAAGAAGCAAUUCAGGAAGCUUCACGUAAUGGUUCUGAUGUGGUUCUGGUUGAUACCGCUGGUCGUAUGCAGGACAAUGAACCAUUGAUGAGAGCACUUUCAAAGCUCAUAUACCUCAACAAUCCUGACCUGGUUCUAUUUGUGGGAGAAGCACUGGUUGGUAAUGAUGCUGUUGAUCAGCUUUCAAAGUUCAAUCAGAAAUUGGCAGACCUUUCUACUUCUUCCACACCCAGAUUAAUAGAUGGGAUCUUGCUCACAAAGUUUGACACCAUUGAUGAUAAGGUUGGAGCUGCGCUCUCUAUGGUGUACAUAUCUGGAGCUCCGGUCAUGUUUGUGGGCUGCGGACAGUCCUAUACCGAUCUUAAGAAACUGAAUGUUAAGUCAAUUGUGAAGACCCUCCUUAAGUGAGAGGACAACACUGUUAUUUCGCCUGCAAGCUGUUCACUUCUCUUGUCAUAUGCAUGUCUGUGUUUGUUGUUAUCUUAUCCCUAUCCCCCCUUGAUUCCUGUUAAAACCGUGUGUAGCCGACUUCGGAGGCACUUUGAAUUGCUUGUAAUGGAAACCUUCUUCCCUCUUUCCACCUUGAGGAAAUCUUUGUCGAUUUUUUGGUACA